AUCAAGAUAGAAAAGGAGCUGAGCAGCCUCUACAAGAGAACAUUUGAACCUCUCCAUGUGCCUCCAGAGCUCUUCCAAAGACUAACUGGACAAUUCUGCAACAUUCAGACGUUAAAGACAGGUCAAGCCUAUGCUGCAGAGGAUAAAACAUCAGUUGAUGAUAGGCUAAGCAUCCUGCAGUUCUAUAAAUCCUGGGGACAAAUGAAGGUGUCUUAUCGAGGGCAUUUUCUGCAUAAUAUCUACCCCUGUGCCUUUAUAGAUUCUCCUGAAUUUCGAUCAACGCAGAUGAACCGGGGUGAGAAAUUCCAGGUCACCAUUAUCGCAGAUGAUAACUGCAAGUUCCUGUGCUGGUCCAGGGAAAGGCUGACUUAUUUUCUGGAAUCUGAGCCAUUUCUUUAUGAGAUCUUUAAGUAUCUUAUUGGCAAAGAUAUUACAAAUAAACUCUAUUCCUUGAAUGACCCAACCUUAAAUGACAAG